UAUUUACAUCACAAAUAUAUUGGACGCGCCUAUUUACUAGAGAUAGUAUUUAAAUAUUCAGCACAUAUUGAACUCAACUCGUCAGUUCAACAGUGAACGCUUGUGUAUUAAAGUAUCAUUCUUGAAAGUUAAAAAUGUCUUUUAAAGUGGAAGUUGUUGCAUCAUCCCCAAAAUCCAUUUUGGGUGAAGGCCCACAUUGGGAUGAACAAUCACAGAGUUUAUUUUAUUGCGAUAUUUACGGCACUGAUGCAUCUGUAUUGCGUUAUGAUUACAAUGAAAAUAAAGUUUAUUCGGCAAAAAUUGAUGGAGAACCCAUUGUUGGCUUCAUAAUUCCCGUUGCAAAUACAACAAAAACGUGUGAUUUUGAUGAAUAUGCAGUGGGGCUAGGUCGACGCGUUGGAAUUGUGCAUUGGGACGGUAAAACAAGAAAAGCACUUCUCGGUCCAAUCGCUUUUGAGGUUGAAGAUGACCAACCAGAUAAUCGAUUUAACGACGCAAAAGCUGAUCCGGUGGGAAGAUUUUAUGGCGGAACAAUGCGCAUAGAAUCAAAAGGAGAUAUAUCUGAGGUAGCCUCGGGUAAAUUUUACAAAUACAUAAAAGGUGAUGGUGUAUACGAACUCAUUCCGAACAUAUUCAUUUCUAAUGGAAUGGCGUGGAAUGAAAUCGAAAACAAAUUCUAUUACAUCGACUCGUGCCGAUUCGACAUAAGAGAAUACGAUUGGGAUCCAAGCACAGGCGACAUUUCUAACGAACGCGUUGCCAUUGAUUUUAAAGUGAAUGGAAAAAAUACCGGAUUUUUCCCCGAUGGAAUGACAAUUGAUACCGAUGGAAAUUUAUUUGUAGCUGCAUUUGGUGGCUCAAAAGUUCUCAAAGUCGAUUCAAAAAAAGGGAAAGUCGUAUUAGAGAUACCAAUUCCGGCAGAGAAAGUGACAUCAGUCGCGUUUGGUGGACCCAAUUUGGAUAUUUUAUAUGUGACAACAGCCUCAAUCGCGGUCAACGCUGCGGAUAUUGGAAUCAAUCCAGAUUCUAAACAAUCCGAAUUGUCCGGUAGAUUAUUUAAGGUCACAGGCUUAGGUUCAAAAGGUUUUCCAGGAAUAAAAGUUCGUGUUUAAUGUCAUUGACAUACAAUAUACUUAAGACAAGAUGGACAAUUUAAUAGAAUCACAAUCUAAAAUGGAUACAAUUUUAAUGUUUAUUAUUUGAAAUUGAUAUUAAACUUUUUUGAUACAAUUCUAGCA